ACAGAUAAACGAACAAUUUAAUAAAACAGUUGUCCUGUGCGAUGAGACCUCUGUUAUCGGAGCAGCCGAGAUGCGAGCGACUCGCACGCGGCGCACACUCAUAUCGCGCUUCAUUUUACAACCUGAUAUAAACAACUCUGGUUUUUGAAAACGACAGUCGGAAAGCCACGGAUUAAGUAGUCGCUAUCGGCCGUGGCACCGCAUACCGAGUGUAGUGUUGUGAGUGGUUCAAAUAACAAACAGUGCCUUCACUUUUACUAACUCUCACUUUUAACAUGAGUGCGAGUGCGGUUAACACAUGCAGCACGAUCGACUUGACGAAAUCGAACAUACGGCUGACGGAUAACAAAGAGAAGGAGACAUGGCGGGAAAAAUUCAAACGGCAAUUGAAAAAGAUCAAGUACGUAUACCGCGAAACGACGGUCGAGCCGUGCUUGUUUACUUACAUGGUGUGUACGGCGCUCUCCUCCCUCGCCGUGCAAAACAUGCACUUGGAAAAAUCGUGCAGAGUAAACUUCAACUACCCAGACGAUGUAUGCGAUCGUAUUAGAGACAGGAAUACAACGGGACUCAGUGCCGAGUUGAAUAACGUACAGUCGUUAGUCGCUACGGUCGUAGCGUGGAAGUUCCCUUUGCAGACCGCCAUUCCCGCUGUUAUGGUAUUGUUUGUAGGUGCUUGGAGCGACAGAACUAAGAAGCGAAAGAUAUGCAUACUGUUUCCAUUCAUCGGGGAGAUUGUAGCCAACAUAGGACUCUUAUUAGCUACGUAUUACUUUUAUGAAUUGUCAUUAACCGCUACUGCAUUAAUUGAAGCGUUGCCUCCGGCAUUCACCGGCAGUUACAUCAUAAUAUUUAUGGGAAUGUUUAGUUUCAUGACUGAUAGGACAACUGUGAAGACGAGAACGUUUCGUUUAGGCUUAGCUACAAUAUGUGUGAGCUUAGGGACUCCAGCUGGGACUGCUUUGAGUGGAGUAGCUCUAAAAGCGCUAGGGUAUUACGGUGUAUUCUCCGUAAUCCUUGUAUUGCACAUAUGUUCGUUUCUUUACGGUUUAUUUAGAUUAGAAGAUAUUUUACCUCUAGAAGAUGAUAGACGUUCAGUAGACUCAGAAACUUAUACAUUAAGGAAGAUCGUGGAAGUGUUAAGUUUGGUUACUAAUACAGUGAUGGUAGCAGUUCGCCCCCGAGCUUUUGGGAUGAGAAAACAAAUUUUAUCUGUAAUUGUUCUAUACCUCUUGAUGGUGGGACCUUUGUAUGGUGACUCCCAGGUUGGAUAUUUGUACGCGAUCCGCAAAUUCAAUUUGAGCGAAGUGGAAUACAGCCUUUAUGGUACACUUAAUAUGAUACUGGGAUUAAUUGGAACCCUCUUCUGUAUCACUAUACUGAGCAAAAAAUUUGACGUGCAAGACAGCGUCAUUGGUGUUCUAGCUGGUUUGAGCAGGAUAGCAGCAUGCUUCGUUCUCACCUUUGCUCCCACUCGAACCUGGUACUACUUGGCACCAGUCUUCAAUAUCUUCAGUUCUUCAGGCUUGACCGCUAUCCGGUCUAUUGCUACUAAGUCUGUUCCUAGCGAAGAUGUAGCCAAGCUUAGUUCAAUAAUGGGUGUGAUGGAGGCCCUCGCCCCCUCCAUAUACAUGCCUACAUCUAGCUUCAUUUACGUGUCAACAAUAGAAACCCUACCUGGCGCUUUUUAUUUGUUCGACGCUGCCCUUACGGUCUUCGCUUUGGGAUUAUUCAUGGUUAUUUAUACUUUGGUGAGGAAAAGGAACAAAAUACUAGUCACAGACCCCUGCAGAAAAGAAGAAUACGCCAGAUCAAACGAAAUUUCGAGGUUCUAAAUAAAGCGCAUAUUUUGUAGAAACAAAUGGAUAUUGUACAAUGUUUUUAUAUGUUUUAGGUUUGAGGUUCACGAUCUCAAGAGGAGCCCUUUUUAAGGGUAUUUUGAAUAAGACAUCCUUUAGAAUAAAUAACUGUAAAGAUUAGGAUGAUUACUGUUUUCUUUCAUGACAAUGUUUUUUUGUAUAUUGUGAGCUCAUUUUUGGAUAUAAUUAAUAAGAAGUGAAUUGUAUCAACUACGGUGCACAAGGCUAUAUGAGCGAUAUGAGCAUGUUCUUGUUUUUUUAAAGCGUGCUUACGAAAAAUGAUGAAAAAAAAAGAUAAACAAGAUAAUGUAUAAUUAUUGUCAUGACAAAAAUAUCCAACAACAAAUUUUACAAUUAUUUAAUCUUUGGAGUAUUUUUUUUUUCUAUUUGAUAUACCCAAGGAUAUACCUAAUAUCACUAUGACCACAGACUAAUAAUAAUAUACUACGUAUACAACUAUGACUCAGACGAAUCUAUUGAUACCACUUGCAGUCGGUUAAAAAACUAAAACCAUAGUAGAUUCUUAUAUCCCACAGGCUCUUUUAUAGUUUUGAAAAAUUGAACUCUAAGUUUUAUCGCGUUAUUAAUACUUUUGUCUGAAGGAACUUUUAAUCGCACAAUGAACUUAUUACUCUCACAAUAAGUUUGACGCUUUUUACGCUUUUUACUUCAGAGAGUAUAAUUACGAUUGAUAGUUUGAAUUUUAAUUAUCUUCAAUAUCUUCAAUUACUUUUUAAAACUUAAAUAAUAUUACGUCGGUUUAUUAAUUUCAUAUAAAUAUUAACCAAAGACAACAACUAUCUAUUACAAGAAUUUAUAUGUGUUCAAUUAUUUUUAAAAUAUGAAUUAAUAAAUGUUACUAUUAUUACAAAUUAAUAAUGUAGAUAUAUGUUGUAAAUAUCCGAACAAAUGAAUAAUAUAAUUUUUACCCUUUGCGGGUAUAAUCUCCAUUUGAAAUAUUAGAAUUUAAUAUUUCAAAUCAUUAUCCUAUGAUAAAAAACACAGAGUAGUAAAAAAUGUGAUAAGUCAUAAUAAAUAUGACUAUUAAUGUUAAUAUUAAAUAUACGUAAAUACUUUACUUGUCAGAUAUUAUUUAAAUAAUGUUUUAUGUAUAAUAUUACUAUGUAAUACGUUAAAAUAGUAUAAAUUCAUGGUGCAUAUUGUACCUCCAAUAAAUGUUUGAAAUUA